UUUCAUAUCGGUUUCAGAUGUGGUGAAUGCCCAAUGGAAUGAGGUAAAGAGAGUGAUGGAGGGGGACGUUCUGACUCUUCAUGCAGGAUUUGCUCAAAUGGAGGGAUAUUCAGAAGUAAUCUGGUAUUUUACAAGUGCUGGUCGUACCACCCGUAUAGCACAGAUGAAUCGUGGAAGAGUUGUUAAAGUUUAUAAAGAGAGUCUUGCUCACAGAUUAAAACUAGACCAAACGAGCGGAUCUCUGACCAUCUGCAACAUCAGCAUCAGUGAUUCUGGAGUUUAUGAAGUAUCGCAAACCAUUAAGUUACACGUCUAUGAAAAGAAAUUUAGAGUUGAUGUACAUGCUCCUGUUUCUGUGCCUGCUAUUGAAAGAAACUCAAAAGUUACUGAGCACAAUUCCUCAGGUACUUUAAAGCCAGAGUUGUGCUUAGUGUUGUGCUCUGUGAAAAAUGGCCGAGAUGUGUUGAUCUCCUGGCAUAAAGGAGGAGAAAUGGUGAAGCAGAGCAGCAGUCCUGAGCUCAACAUCAGCCUCAGUUUAUCAUUAGAGCUUCAUUAUGAAGAUGCAGAGAGCUACAGCUGCACGGCUCACAAUCCAGUCAGCAACAAGAGCAUCCAACUUCAGCUCAGAGACUUCUGCAGAACAACACAGGAAGAUUGUCAGGAUCAUUGUGGCGCCAUUGAAGCUCUAAUUCGACUGGUUUUGUCUGGUCUGGUGGGAAUCGCCACUGUUUUAUUUCUGUUCGAUCAUUUAAGGCUCUGCUCGGCUCAGGAUGGAGAUGCUGCUGUUUCUGUGUGUUGACGACAUCUUCAUCCGUUUGCAAGGUGUGAACUUUGACUAUGAAACUGCACCUGCUGGUUUCAGUCUUUCAUAUUUAUAACUCUUGUUAAAGGUUUCUGCUCAGGAAAUGUGUGAAUGAGGAUGUCAGUUGCAAGUUGGCUGUCUAUAAAAUGCUCACAAACCUUCAUGUGCAUGUGUAUUAUGUAAAAAUGUUUAGUAAGUGCUGUCCAAAGUAAUCCAUUGAUAAAAUGUUUUUGUAUAAAACACACAGUUGAAGACUGAAUCAUCCCCCCAAGUAUUUAUACUGUGGAUAAAGGUAUCAGCCAUUCUGCUAAAUGUGACCAUGUCAGAUGCAAGAAUAUAAACAGCACCUUCAUAUGCUCGUGUGUCAUGCAAAAAAAUGUUUGUGAAUGUAUUAAUAAGCACUGUCUAAACUGAUCAAAAAUAGUUUGCAUUAUAAUAUGUGUCUUGUUUGUACUCUGUACAUGUAAUUUGUAUUAGAUGUUAGAUUAGAUAUUAUUAUUUAAAUAUAAAAGAAGGGGUGACACGGUGGCUUAGUGGUUAGCACUGUCGCCUCACAGCAA